AUGUUUGCUUCAGCUCCACUGCUGCUGCUGGCUCUCGCCCCCUAUGUGUUCUGUGCUACUGAGCUCAUCCAGCCAGACUCACUGCUUAUAAAGCCAGGAGAGACUUUAACCAUCACCUGUAAAGUGUCUGGAGCUUCUAUCACUGAUAGCAGCAGCCACUAUGGAACAGCUUGGAUUCGACAACCUGCAGGAAAAGCUUUAGAAUGGAUCAACACCAUUUAUCAUAGUGGGGGUAUUCAUAAGAAAGAUUCACUUAAAGACAAGUUUGUUGUCUCUCGAGACACUGCCAGUAACUCCAUGACCUUACGGGGACAGAACAUGCAGACUGAAGCCACAGCUGUGUAUUACUGCACUCGUGAUCCACACAGCGACACAACAAGCUGCAAUGUGUUCUGUGCUACUGAGCUCAUCCAGCCAGACUCACUGCUUAUAAAGCCAGGAGAGACUUUAACCAUCACCUGUAAAGUGUCUGGAGCUUCUAUCACUGAUAGCAGCCACUAUGGAACAGCUUGGAUUCGACAACCUGCAGGAAAAGCUUUAGAAUGGAUCAACAGUAUUUAUUAUGAUGGGAGUAUUCAUAAGAAAGAUUCACUUAAAGACAAGUUUGUGGUCUCUCGAGACACUUCCAGUAACUCCGUGACCUUACGGGGACAGAACAUGCAGACUGAAGACACAGCUGUGUCUUUUUGCCACUAG